AUGGUACAACGGGCUGUUACAGCCGAGCCAACAGGGAGUGGGAUAUGGACCGAUAAGGGAUUGGCCUUGCGCCUCGGUAAUGGAACGCCCGAUUUGAAAGUCGGGCAGGAUAUCAUGAGGGACGAGUUCUACGCCAUAGCCCUGGCCGGUUGGUAG